AUGGCUAAACAAGUGGAAAUGUAUUUAAACCAAAAGAAGUAUCCACUCAGAAUCAAAAACAAGGUUCUAAAAUUCUACGCAAUUGGUUUUCAAUAUCAAUUCUUUGUUGAAUCCCGAAUGAUGUCUUGUGUAUCCGGGCAAUUGCGCGAAGACAUAAUAAUGCAUACAGGAAGACAACUGGUUCGUGAUGUUGCGUUCCUCAAACGGUUGCCAGGAACUUUGCUCUUCCAAAUCGGCGUCAAACUUAGGAUCGUCAUGUUCCUCUCUGGCGAUAUUAUUAUGAAAAUUAAGACUAUAGGCGACUGUCUCUACUUCAUUCACAAAGGAACUGUAGCAAUCUACUGCGAAUCAGGCAAAGAGGUAUGCCAUUUGGAAGACGGAGACUUUUUCGGUGAAAUAGCUCUGGUCAUGAGCCACAGUCUUCGAACAGCAUCAGCCGUUGCGGUCACCAACUGUGAACUCUUCAGACUUGAUAGAGAGGACUUUGAAAAAUACGUCGCGUGCUACCCAACUGUUUACGAGGAUAUAAAGAAGGUUGCCACGACUCGGUACGAACAAUCGAAGAUGCUGGAUGACCACCACAGAACGGAACUUAAUAUGAGGAAGAAGCGAGUGGUGGAAUCGCCUGAAUAA